AUACAACAUAAUACAACGCAGAGGGGAUCGGAGGAGUGAGAACACUGAAUUUUUAUUGUUGGUUGUCACUUUACCCCGUAAAGGAUUUUCUAAAGUCACAGUAGGAAAUAUUCUUUAGAGGAGUCUUUUGAGUGGUGGAAUGAUGUACAGAGGUGGAAAGUGUACUGCUGAAGAGGGGAGUGUACAAGAUGAAUCAGUUGAUCUGGAAUCUCAGGAAUUGUCUCAUUUUGACAUUGGUGCUCUUAAAGUAGCAGGUACUUGCAUCAGCAACAUCACAGAGCUGAAUUUGAAUUACAACAGCCUGUCUACAUUGCCGGUUGAUUUAUCCAGUGCUCUCCCGAGAAUACAAAUUCUUAGUUUGAGUGGAAAUGAUUUGAAAGAAUUGCCAUCUUCUAUAGGGAGUCUUGAAGAGCUCAGAAUUCUGACUGCCAAUGAAAAUGAGAUUGCGGUGCUCUCCACUGCUCUCUUUCAGCUCCACAGAUUGGAGGAGCUUCACCUCCUCGGGAACAGAUUAAAACAUUUGUCUCCAGAAAUCUGUCAUCUUAAAAAUCUCAGGAACUUAACUGUAGAAGACAACCAACUAAGUGACUUCCCGAGCACUCUGGGAGAUUUGGAGAAUUUACACACCCUUGAAGCAAGUGAAAAUCACCUUGAAUCUCUGCCUGUGAACUUUGGUAACCUCAGGAAUCUAACAAUCUUGAAUAUUGGCAGGAACAAACUUCUGGAGUUACCAGAUAGCUUUGGAGAUUUGCCCUCAUUACAGUAUGUAGAUGUAUCAAACAACUAUCUUCAAGAAUUGACCCCUCGGCUGACAUCGGCAUCCAGGUGCCUGGUGAAGUUCACUGCUGCUGACAAUCUUCUGAAGAAGUUUCCUCCUUGGAUUGCAGAACUCACUCAUAUCCGGGAAAUCUAUUUUGGAAACAAUUACUUAGAUCACGAGCUUCCAGAAAACUUUGGAACCGUAAGUGGAAACACUUUAAGACACAUGGAUGUUGGUGCAAAUUUCCUUGAUCAACUUCCCGAAGGUAUUGGACAGCUGAGAAAUGUUGAAACUCUUCAUUUUGGGAGCCACAUUAUGGAAAUUGAGAGGAGGGCCUUUCAGAACGGUAAUCGCAUCGCACAGCUUCCAGAAUCUUUCGGACAGAUGAUGAACCUCAGACAUUUGCGGCUAGAUGAAAAUCACCUGCAUAGUCUCCCGAAUAAUUUUGGGGAUUUAAGUUCCUUGGAAUACCUUGAUCUUGGGCAGAAUGUUCUGAGGAGGCUUCCUGCAUCUUUUGGCUGCCUGCGUUCACUGAAGACGUGUCUUCUGUCUAAGAACAAUAUAGAAUGCCUUCCAGAGAACUUUGGUAACCUGAGAUUACUAGAGAGACUUAGAAUCAAUGCAAACCAGCUGAAAGAACUUCCUGCAUCAUUUGAGCAGCUAGUGAAUCUUCAAACUCUUGAUCUGGUUGACAAUCAUCUAAGGGAGUUCCCUGCAUGCCUCAACAAACUAACCAGUCUAGUCAGAGUUGCUUUAGAUGAUAAUGACUUUGAGCUUGACAUUCCUGAAGUGUUGCACCUCGACUCAAGGGCUAAGUAUCCUGCUGAUGGCAUUCACAAGUUUGUCAGGACUACAGAGUUUCAUGAUACUGACAAGAUGACAAGUGCCCUUGCCAAUGCUGUUAAGAAAGGAGACUCUAUCUGGAAGUCACAUCUUUCUAAUGAUCAGGAUAUGCUGACUGCUACUCACCUACAAAAUGAAGGAAGUGACGGAGGGACUAGUGAAAGCUGUAGUCAUACCACUGAUGUAGAGUUUACCCAUGGCCUUGAUGAUGUCAUCCAUGAACCUGAAGAUUGGGAUAUGGAAGUAGAAGAUAACAACCCAUUUAGUUAUGAUGAUAUUCCUGUAUACCAACAUAAAACUUUGAGAAGUCCAAUUGGAACCAACGUUCUCAAAUUCAAUUUCGUACCGUCUGAUGAUCAUCCUCCGUGCCUUCCAGUCCCUGACCUUGACCUUGACUUUGAGGAUGGCCAAUUUGAAGACGCUGAUUGAUGACAAGAGUAUUAAAUGGAUGAAUGCAAUUGAUGGCGAUUGGUGACAAGAUCAACCAAAAGAUGAAUGCAAUUGAAGGUUAUUGAUGACAAAAUUUACCUAAAGAUGAAUUCAACUGUGGGUGAUCAAUGACGAGAAUAACCCAAAGAUGAGUGCAACUGAUAGUGAUUAAGCUACACAUGAAUGCAACUGAUAAUGAUUGAUGACAAGAUCAACCCAUGAACGCAACUGAUAGUGAUUGAUUACAAGAUCAACCCAUGAAUGCAACUGAUAGUGAUUGAUUACAAGAUCUACCCAUGAAUGCAACUUACAGUGGUUGAUGUCAAGAUCUAUCCAUGAAUGCAACUGAUAGUUAUUGAUGACAAGAUCUACCCAUGAAUGCAACUGAUAGUGAUUAAUGACACGAUCUACCCAUGAAUGCAACUGAUAGUGGUUGAUGACAUGAUCUACCCAUGAUUGCAACUGAUAGCGAUUGAUGACAAGAUCUACCCAUGAAUGCAAAUGAUAGUGAUUGAUGAUAUGAUCAACAUAAACACAAAUGCAAUUAAUGUUUAUCGAUGACAAGAUCUACCCAGAUUUGAAUUGCAGUUGAAGGUUAUUCUUAUUACAAGAGUAAGCCAACAAUGAAUGCAAUUGACUGUGAUUGCUAACAAGAGUAACCCAAAGAUGAGGGCAAUAGAUGGUGAUUGAUGACAAAAUCAACCCGUGAAUACAGUUGAUGGAUUUUGAUGACAAAAUCAACUAAACAUAAAUGCAAUUGAUUGUGAAUAAUGGUGAGAUCAACCCAAAGAUGAGUGCAAGUGAUGCUGAUCGAUGACAAGAUCUACCUGAAGAUGAAUGCAAUUGAGGGUGAUUGAUGACAAGAUCUAACCAUGAACACAGUCAAUAGCGAUUGAUGACAAGAUCAUCUAAAGAUGAAUGCAAUCGAUUGUGAAGGAUGGCAAGAGCACCCAAAGAUUAUUGCAAUUAUUAUUGAUAUGAUUUACCCAAAGAUGAAUGCAAUUAAUGGUGAUUUAUGAUAUUAACCCAAAGAUAAAUGCAACUUUAAAUGUAUGUAAGUGAUACACUGUUUGUAGAAAAUCUGAUUUUCUAUGUAUUCCUACCUCCUUUGAAAAUAUUGGUUAGUUGAGAUUAUCAGCUGUGCUACGUUACCAUUCUCUGAAAGCAACAGUCACAAACCAGUUGUUUACACUUGAUUAGAGAGAUUUCAGUGAAACUGUCAAAGAAUGGCAACUUGUCAAUGCUGAUAGCUAACUUGUGCCAUAAAAGGGUUCUAACAUUGGGGCAUUACAGUAACAUUUGGACAUUAAAGUCAUCUUACAGCUAAGCAUUUUUACACAUGAAAAACAAUGAGAAUAACAACCAACUGAGUAUAAUGUAAAUUAACAUUUUUGACCUUGACGUUAGCCUUCGUUUUAACAGUAUAUAGUAUUAAUGAAUCUUGGAUGAAACAAAGCAUUUUGAUAUUAUUCAAACAGGAAUUUCACUGAUAAUCUGUAUUGGUAUAAUGGAUUAUCAUGGAUAUUCAGUUCUAUAAUUUUGCCUGACAUUGUUCUGUAAUAAUGGUUCAAAGUUUUGGUAGUUACGUUAUGUUAUAAAUAAAGAAAAUGUUGGGAGUUGAGGUUAUGGGAGAGGCAUAUUUCCCUAGUGCAAAUAACAAAACAGGCACACAAAUUCUGAUAUUAACAAAAUUUUACAGCUCAUUUGGAAUUUUAACAAAAUUAUCUCUGUCACAUAAAUUGACUAUUUUUAUUUUAUUUAUUCAUUUUUAUUCAUUCAUUUUUUUUUUUUUUUUUUUUUUGGGGGGGGAUGGUUUCAGUAUUUGUGUGCCAAUCACAACUUGACUGUUAAUAAAUAUGGAUGACUUUAAUAUUACAUGGAAGGUAUAGUUGCUCAAAUCAGCAUGUGGUAUAUGAUGUAAAUAAUCAUGUUUUACACAUUGAAUGGAUGAGAGAAAUAAUCACAUUCUUGGCGAUAUGAAUAGUACAGGUGUGCACUAUGUUUCCUCAGCUGUUCUUUGGAAAUACAGCUACAUUCAAAUCAGCUGGGCAUCACAAGUUGGCCCAUCACCUUCAUAAACAGUAAUUAUUUCCUCAUUGAAAAGAUAUUUGGCAAAUAAAUGUAGGCCAUAUCCAAAUUCUAAUUUGAAAUGCAAUUAUGAAUGAUUUUUUGGACACAUUUUGCAAAAUCGCCAUGAUUGCGUGGACUUGCCUAGCUAAGUUUACAACUCAAAUUUGAUUUAUACAUGUGCAUAUUAACAGGAUCUGUACAUUUUUUUGUGACUUUAAUUUUUUUUCCUUAAAAUUGCGUCACAGUGAAAUAUUCUUUGUCCACGUUUUGAGGCUUAGUUGUGACAAAGUUGAUGGUUUUCCUGUGUUGGUCUUUGCAUUUGUUCCUCAGUGUGUAUUGGUAUUUUGUUAUGAAUUCUGUAUUUCUUCAAUAUUAAAUCAUCAACAUUAUUUUUCAUUUACUUUUUCAGAACUACCAUUAUUAUAGAAUACUUGCCACAGUGGGCUCUUUUUGGACGAUUGGUUUGAUUUGAAUGAUAUCUUAGGUUUGAUUGAGGUCAAUUCUAAUCAUUUGCUUAAUAUACCUUUGUUUUACAUUGUUGUCAAAGUUCUUUUAACAGUUACUUGUCAGGAAACAAAGGCAAAUACAAUAUUUUAUCGUUAUUAAUAAAAGCAAAUGAAAGCCAGUUUGUAAACAUUUUACCUCCUAUACUGGACACCAGGGGCCUUUGCAUGUACAACUUUCUUUAACUACAAGUAUGGUAACUUUGCCAUUAUUGUAACUACCGUGGAAACCUGGAUCAUGAUUGGCGGCCAAGCUCUUUUACCAUGGUACUCGCAAUAAUGGAAAGAUACCAUAGUUUUUUUACGAAACUUUUAUCCAAAAUGUUUUUACUGAACGGGCCCCAGACUUAAGCCCUGGCUCAUACUGAUUUUCUGACAGUUUAAAAGUCUGAUUAUGCAUUCUUUGUUUUCUUCUUGCAAUAAAACUGUAAAAUGGAAAUGGAUCCGAGUAUUAAAGUGGAAGAUUGAAGAUUACAUUGUUGUUGCAUAUCAUUAAAUGUAUUUUCCUAUUA